CACAUUCUGUUCUCUUCCUCAUUUUUCGGGGAGAGCUGCUAUCUCUGGCGGUUUGCCGCAUGGUCGCUAAAAACUCAUCUGCUUUCCGGACUCUUCAACACUGCUGCACGGACACAUGCCACACGGAUGUAACGGCAUUCACCGGACCGCAAAGCAGCGGGUCACUGGAGAUCGAGGCUUCAUUCCUGCAGAAAGGGAUUUCUCACUCCAAUGUAACUGAGACCAAGAGGGGCGAUAAGUGCGCAUCCUCUGCACGCGAAGAUUGAACCACUUGGCUGUAUGACGGAGUCCAGAUUUUAGCAACACGUCCGCGCAGGAAAACCAACUCCUCUGAGACUCCAUUGUUGCGAUCUAAUCAUGGCUAUCGGGGAGAUGUUGUAGCAGAGUUUGGCACUCCGAAGAGCAUCCGAACUUUUCUCAAUUUCUAUUUAUAGGACUAUAUACUAUUUCCUUGUUUGGGUCCUCGCACGGGACUUCUAUGCCGCUUCCCGAGUAGGCACAGCCAAAUUCACCCCCCUCAUGGAACGCUCAGCAUCUUUGGAUAUAGAAGCGCUCAAGAUGACUCAGGAGCAGUAUAUCCUGGCAGCGCAGCCAAACUCUCUGCACCAGCGGGGGUCGUCGGUAUGCGGAGCCCAAGUGUACCCCGCGGUGGGAAUCUACGGCUGGAGGAAAAGAUGCUUGUACUUCUUCAUUCUCCUUCUUGUCGUCACCAUGAUUGUCAACCUGGCGCUGACCAUCUGGAUCCUCAAAGUCAUGAAUUUCACUCCGGAAGGAAUGGGCAAUCUGCGUGUCACCAAAGAAGGGGUGAGACUGGAGGGGGUGUCUGAGUUCCUAUUGCCUUUAUACGUCAAAGAGAUCCAGUCCCGAAGGGACGGUCCAUUGAUCAUGCAGUCGGAUAGAAAUGUGACUAUCAAUGCUCGGACCGAUGACGGACAACUGACUGGUCAACUUACAGUGGGCUCAGAAAUGGUGGAGGUUCAGUGUCAGAGGUUUGAGGUGAAGAGUGUCGAUGGAGAGAGAGUUCUCUUCUCCGCAGAUGAAGAGGAGAUCAGCAUCGGCACCGAGAAACUUCGAGUGACAGGGUCAGAAGGAGUUGUGUUCAGCCAUUCCGUACAGACAUCACACGUGAGGGCUGAGCCAUUCCAGGAUUUAAAGCUUGAGUCCCCGACCCGGACCCUAACUCUUGAGGCACCCCGCGGUGUGGAGGUGAAUGCUGGGGUUGGAGACUUCACGGCGUCAUGUCGAAAAGACCUCCUGCUGCAGUCCUCAGAAGGAGAAAUCUUUCUUGAUGCAAAUACCAUCCGGCUGGGCAACAUUCCCCUUGGCAGUGCAGUGGACCCACUGGAAGGUGCGGCAGCAGGUACCACCUACACCAAACAGACAGGCGUGUACGAACUGUGUGCCUGCGCUAACGGCAAGCUCUACCUAUCCCCUGCUGAGAAAGGCUCCACCUGCCAAACAACAAGUAAUUUUUGCCUCUGGAGCUGAAAGUUCGACAGAAAGCGAGAAACAAUGGACCAUUUGGGGAGAAGCUAACGCUAGCCAACGAAUUGAAUGAAUAUGAAUCUUAACUGGUGGUAACGCUAUUGCAAGCCAAAAGACCAGUUGUCAUUGACUGAAGUAUGGCAAGUCAUAAAAUGGAUACGAUUUUGGCAGCACCAGUCAUCAUGGGACCGUUCCAGCUAAAGAACUGAAUCAACAAGGAUGAGAGCGAGAAUCGACACCAGCUCAGUUACCUACUAAGAUGGUUUGGACGGGCACGACGUGUUUGUCAACAGAAUGGCUGAAUUUGGUGGAAAUGACAAAGUCCGUUCAAGGUGUCACGCUAUGAACAUGGAUGUUCCACAACCGUACUCUGUCGGACUACAAGAUAUCUAUGCCCGUGUGGCUUUUACGUUUUCAAAAGUGGUCAUCUGAGGAAAGCUGCAAGUUGAAAGGAAGUGUAGUGUUCAUCGAACGACCAAAAAGCUAGCGGUAAUGACUGCAACCUCACCAGCAGGAACACAGACAAGGAACAUGGGUAAACCUCAACUGAGGAUCAUGUGUUCAAGCUGUGGGUAGUUCCCACUUUUGGUUUAAUCUAGUGGGAAGCUGAGGUUAGCUACUGGACCAAGCUAUACCAGAAAGGCCUUCCCCUUCCCUUCCCUGCUGGAAUUUCCACACAAAUGUUAAAAGUAUGACUGAACCCCACAACCCUUCAAUCACAUUCACUCUGUUCAGUCACAUAAUAGUGUCACGACUAAGGAUAAUGAGUUGUGCUUCAGCUUUCACAUCACAGUCUCUGUGUAUCAUUUUUUCCCGCUACUUGAAUUAUUCUACGACUUUACCAUUUUCAUUCACUAUUUAUUACAAUUUAAGUUGAAAGUGUUUUGAAGAAUACACUCAUCUGCCAAUACAACAGUAGGAUUGUGUCCACUAUUUUUUCUCUUUCUUUCCUUCCUUCUUCUUGAGCACCACACCAGGGUAAAACCAGUUCAGGUAUCAUAAUCGGACUUUAAAGAUGUGUUGACACUUGUAAUUUGGUUUUCUCGUCAGGACCA